GACUCGGAGCCGGCCGGGGAGCUGCGGGCACCCGCGCGGCUGCGGCGGAACGUCUGCUACGUGGUGCUGGCCGUGUUCCUCAACGAGCAGGAUGAGGUGCUACUGAUCCAGGAGGCCAAGAAAGAGUGCCGUGGGUCGUGGUACCUGCCCGCGGGGAGAAUGGAGCCUGGGGAGACCAUUGUGGAGGCGCUGCAGCGGGAGGUGAAGGAGGAGGCUGGGCUGCACUGUGAACCUCUGACAUUGCUGUCUGUGGAGGAGCGGGGUCCCUCCUGGAUCCGCUUUGUGUUCCUUGCUCACCCCACAGGUGGAGUUCUCAAGACUUCCAAGGAGGCAGAUGCAGAGUCCCUGCAGGCUGGCUGGUACCCACGAACCUCCCUGCCCACUCCUCUGCGAGCCCAUGACAUUCUGCACCUGAUUGAGCUGGCUGCCCAGUACCGCCAUCAGGCCAGGCACCCUCUCAUUCUGCCCCAAGAGCUUCCCUGCAGUCUGGUCUGUCAGCGGCUCGUGGCCACCUUUACCAGUGUCCAGACGGUGUGGGUGUUGGUGGGUGCAGUGGGGGUGCCUCACUUGCCCAUCACUGCCUGUGGCUUUGCCCCCAUGGAGCAGAAGUGUGGCAUCAGGAUGGCCGUCUUGCGGUUGCUACAGGAAUGUCUGACUUUGCACCACUUGGCAGUGGAGACCAAGGGGUUGCUUGGACUACAGCACCUGGGCAAAGACCAUACAGAUGGCAUCUGCCUGAAUGUGCUGGUGACAGUAGCUUUUCGGAACCCAGGUAUCCAAAAUGAGCCACCAGAGGUUCGGGGUGAGAACUACUUUUGGUGGAAGGUGGUGGAGGAAGACCUACAAAGCCAGCUCUUACAGAGGCUUCAGGAAUCAUCUGUUGUCCCAGUCAACAGAUAGGAAGAUUCCAUCAGUGGACAAGGAGCUGCCAUCUGUGCUCCCUCCACUGUGGUUUCGCCUCCCUCUUAGGGAGGCAGGAGGUUGGCAAUCAGGGAUCCCAUUGUGUUGGGAGCAGGACAGUUCUGCUUCUCAGGGGGACUUUCAUCUCUCUUCACCAUGAAAUAGGUCCCUACAUUGCACCAGAAGGGACAGUGCCUUUAACCAAGCAAGGAGUCCAGAACUCAAGGACUCAGUUGCCCUGAGGCACAAUGAGGGCACUGCUCCCUAAGGGGUAUGAGAACUUUCUGAACCUGAGACAGCAUCUUCUCAUUUUCUGUGCCAGAUUCUCAGGCACUUAGAAUAUGGAGGGCAUACUGGGGAGGUCACUUCAAGGGAACAGGUCCCUUGCUGAGUAAAUACCCCCCCACACACCUUACUUAGCCUUCCCACCUAAAUGUCUGUGGGGAGGAAAUGAGCAGGAAGGGGCAGACUGCCCUCAGAAGAGAAGCUCUUCCCCUUGUCCCGCCGACAGCCACCCAGUCCUUCCCAGACAGCAAGCUGACACUGCAGGGGGCAGCCUGCUGGGUGCUGGGAGCUUGAGGCAGGCAGGCAUCCUGCUGUCCACCGCGGCCUAUCUUGGGUGCACUGAGAACCUCUUCAUCUUGCCUGCCAGGGUAGGAUGUGACCACUUGCCCUCCAAGUUUUGAGCAGUGAGAAUGCCAGGGAAACUUCAGGCAGGCGUGGAGUCAAGAGCUGCCCCCUGCCUGGGUUUCCUUCUUGUGCUGAUCCCUCCCCGGUCACUCUGCCGGGCCCCUGGCUCUUGCCUCUGCCUUUUUAUAACUCCAGCCCAAACCAAACCAAAAUCUUUUCCUCAUUUCCCCUUAGUCCAGCUGAAUCAUGGUAGGAAUUGUUUAAAGAACUUUACUAAAAUUUAAAGGAAAACCAAAAGAAAUGAACAAAGAAAAUAUAUUGUGUGCGCCUCACUA